ACUACAGUAAACCUCGGAUAUAUCGGACUCGGAUAUAUCGGAAAUUCGCUCACAACGGACAGAUAAAAAAGAACCGAUUUUUCUGUAAUGCAUUUCCAAUAAAAAUUCAUUGCAUAUAUCUGAUUUUUUUAUAACGGAUUUCGCCUAUUUUGGACAAAAUCUCCAGUCCCGUUCCAAUGCAUUUCCAUUAAAUUUCCCUCGCAUAUAUCGGAUGGCCGCAUCGUGGCGCUCCGAUUCGCCGAAUCGUGACAGGCCGCUAUACGACGUCAUUUGCAGCGUUUGCAGCGUUGCCUGCGCGUCCAGGUACAUUGGAAACAUAGUCAAGGAAGUGCCUUUUUAUAACGGAUAAAAUCCGAUUUACGCAUAUACCGGAUAUAAAUCCGAUAUAUGCGUAAAACGGACAUUUUCCGGUAUACGCAUAUAACGGAUUUCGCUUAUAUCGGACAAAACCAGUGGGAACAAUUGAAUCCGAUAUAUCCGAGGUUUACUGUAGUAAUUCUUAUAUGAUUGUCUCCUCAGACCAAUUCCGUCCUGAUGCUGUCCCCAUAACAACAUGAGUCUCAACAUCCAAAGAGACAAGGCUGUCCUGCGGCGGCGAGGCAGCACGCCAAUUCGUCCCACCCACCUCCUACAGCAGCCCCUGUGCAUCCGAGAGCCCCACAGCCCCGCCAGCAGUGAGCGGUGCCCCCAGCGUAGGCAUCCUCCACUGGCACAGUCCGCGUCCUACCACCCCGGAGACAAGUCUCUCCACUACCGAGUGCAAUGGAGCUCAGACUCGGACGACGACUCGCAGAGCGAUUCAGAUUAUGUUUACAGGGUGAUGUUGCUAGGCGACAACGGGGUGGGGAAGAGCAGCCUGGCCAGGAUCUUUGCGGGUGUCACGGAGAAAGAGGAACAACCUGGAGAGGACACGUACCAGCGAACGCUGACUGUAGACGGCAAGGAAACCACGCUCAUCGUCAUGGAUACAUGGGGCAGCGACAAGCUGGAGGAAGAUGGCCGCACUGCUCAAGACGACUGCUUGAAGGUGGGAAGCGCUUAUGUCAUCGUCUACUCCGUCACCGACCGCUCCAGCUUUGACGCCGCCGCCGAGCUCCGCAUCACGCUGCGACGUAUCCGCCAGGCUGAGAACCUUCCCAUCAUCCUCGUUGGCAACAAGAGUGACCUGGUGCGCUCCAGGGAGGUGGCGGUGGAAGAGGGUCGAGCGUGUGCAGUGGUCUUUGAUUGUAAGUUCAUCGAGACAUCAGCAUCGCUGCAGCACAACGUAACCGAGCUCUUCGAGGGAGUGGUGCGCCAAAUCCGCCUCCGUCGCAACGGCGCAGACGCCUCCCAACGCAAAUGCUCUGUACCCAAGCGCAAGGAGAGCAUCACCCAGAAGGCUCGCCGCUUCCUGGACCGCCUAGUGGCCCGCAAUAAUCAGCGCAUGGCUUUAAAAGUACGCUCUAAGAGCUGCCACAAUCUGGCCGUUCUCUGAGGAAAAUCAACGUCUGGAAUCAAAGCUGGACAGGAAACAGUUAGAUGACUUCCUGUGGCCUGUGACAGCAGGAAGACAAACUGCCAAGCAUCAUCACGGGCCUGAAGUGAGGAGGUUAUCAACCUGUGGAUGGCAAAACUCCAAAGAGGACUCACUAAAACAGCUCCACUAUUUUUUGUGGUGGGUUGAGGCAGGAACAGACCAUUACAUCAAAAACUGUUUUGUUUUUUUUUAAUUGCCAUGUCUUCAUCUCCUAUUGCUAUUUGCUAGUUGAAGCACAUUACUGCCACCAACAGGACUGGAGAAGAACAUUUUGUUUUCUUACUUUUAUUAAGAGCCAAAAAAGUUUUUAAUGUUUUUUUUUCCAUGCUUUCCUAUUAUUUCCUAUUAUUUCUCUUCUCUUAUGUCCAGUAUGAAAGAUAUUUUACAUUAAAAAACAAAACCAUGUCUGUGGUUUGUAUGUUAUGGAUGCUAAGAAAACAAAAUGGCUGUCCUUGGCUAAGGUCUAAAUGGUAAUGGUAAUGGUUUCAUUUCAUUUGAACAUGCAUCAGAUUACAAUUGAAUGCAUCCCAUAAUCAGUUCACAGUUCCACAUGUCCAAAAGGAGUAGGAAGAAGCAAAGCUUAUUAAAUCCUACCCCUCCAUCUGGUACUUUUACAAUCAGUAACUGUUACAUUUGUUCACUUCCUGCUUUCCAUAAUACAAUUUAAGUUUUUUUUUUUGUUUUUUUUUUUGUUUUUUUUAUGAUGCGACCCUACAAUGACAUAAUGGGUACCAUAGUAACUGUCAAGGCAAGGGUAAGAAAUGCUUCUGUUUUCAUUUAAGCAUCCCACAGGAUAAGGUUUUAAUGUAUGAUCAUACCUCGCUAUAUCACAGUUCAAAU